AUGUAAGGCUUUCCCACGGAAGCUGAAAGUAUAUAACUUAGAACUUGUACUUGUAAGGCAUAGGCCAUAACCAUCUUCUACAAUGAAAAUUAAUCCAGUCCAAUUACUUCUGGUGAUACCACUAUACUGGUUUUGCCUCCAUAAUCACAUAGUUGGUGUUUCUGGUCUUUGUCUUAAUGAUCAGAAGUCUUUACUACUCCUGCUUAAGAACAAUUUCACGUCAGAAAGUAGCAGCAAGCUGAAUUUGUGGGAUCCCAGUGAUGAUUGUUGUGCAUGGAUGGGGGUAACAUGUGACAAGGAGGGACAUGUUACUGGACUUGAUCUUAGUGGAGAAUUCAUCAGAGGUAGACUUGACAAUUCAAGCAGUCUUUUCAAUCUUCAACAUCUCAUGAAUCUGAAUUUGGCUACUAAUUAUUUCAAUUCUACCAUUCCAUCUGGAUUCAACAAGUUGAAGAAUUUAACUUACCUGGAUUUGUCAUAUAAUAGCUUUGCGGGUGAGAUUCCAACAGAGAUUUCUCAACUCACAAGGUUGGUUGCUCUUGAUUUAUCUUCUUAUCAUGAUUCCAGUGUUAGUGUGAAUCUUGAGACACAAAAUCUACAAAAGCUUGUCCAAAACCUCACCAGUUUGCGAAAACUCUAUUUGGAUGGUGUAAAGCUAAAAGCUCGUGCACAGGAAUGGUGCAAUGCUUUGUUGCCGCUGCGUGACCUGCAAGAACUAAGCAUGGUGAAUUGCAAUCUCAGAGGACCCAUUGAAGCUUCCUUGUCUGAACUUGAGAAUCUAUCUGUCAUUACUCUUGAUGAAAGCAAUUUUUCAUCCCCGGUGCCGGAGACAUUUGCCAAUUUUAAGAAUCUGACUACCCUCAGUCUUAGAGAUUCCAACUUGAAUGGAAGAUUUCCACCGAAGGUCUUCCAGAUUGCAACAUUGACAACUAUUGACAUAUCAAGCAAUGCCAAUCUCCAUGGUUUCUUUCCAGACUUCCCCCUGAGGGGAUCUCUCCAGAAUAUAAGAGUGAGUUACACAAACUUCUCUGGAACACUACCACACUCUAUUGGUAACAUGAGGCACUUAACUACAUUAGAUCUUACUGAUUGUCAAUUUAAUGGAACACUUCCCAAUUCACUGUCAAACCUUACUGAACUCACUCACCUGGAUUUGUCAUAUAACAACUUCACAGGUCUGUUGCCAUCAUUUGGUAUGGCAAAAAAUCUUAGCGUCUUAGACCUUUCUUAUAAUGGCUUAAGCGGUGCAAUUUCAUCUUCUCACGUUGAAGCACUGCACAGUCUUGUUCGCAUUGACUUGAGUCAUAAUUCUAUUACUGGGAGCAUUCCGUCAUCUCUUUUUAAGCUCCCAUUCCUAGAGGAAAUUUAUCUAAACGACAACCAGUUUAGUCAGAUUGGUGAAUUCACAAAUGUGUCUUCCUCUGUUUUGAGUGACCUUGAUUUUAGUAACAAUAAUAUAAUAGGGAAUUUUCCAGAUUUUAUCUUCCAUCUCAGUGCCCUAGCCGUCCUCCGCCUUUCCUCUAACAAGUUCCAUGGACCAUUGCAGCUAAAUAAGCUCAGAAAUUUAAUUGAACUGGACAUUUCAUACAACAACUUGUCAGUCAAUGCGAAUAUGACCUCUCCUUUUCCCAACCUUAGCAAUUUAUAUAUGGCAUCCUGCAACUUGAAAACCUUCCCUGAUUUCUUGAGAAAUCAAUCCACAUUAUUCUCUCUAGACCUUUCCAAGAACCAGAUUCAAGGAAUAGUGCCCAACUGGCUUUGGGAACUAAAUCUUAAUGACCUUAAUAUUUCAAGCAAUAUGCUGACUGAUUUGGAAGGACCUAUUGAAAAGCUGAACAAUGUUUCUUCCUUAUCAUACCUUGACCUUCAUAACAACCAACUACAGGGGCCAAUACCUAUUUUUCCUGUAAAUGUUGUCUAUUUGGAUUACUCGAGGAACAGAUUUAGCUCUGUUAUCCCACAAGAUAUUGGUGAUUAUAUGUCCUCAGCGUUUUUUCUCUCUCUUUCAGACAAUAAAUUCCAUGGCAAAAUCCCUGAUUCCCUCUGCAGUGCUACAAAUCUUGUAGUGCUUGAUCUUUCAAUUAAUAACAUGUAUGGAACAAUUCCCUCAUGUUUAAUGACAAUAACUGACACCCUUGAGGUAAUAAAUCUGAGGGACAACAACCUGACAGGCACUAUUCCAGAUGUGUUUCCAGUUUCUUGUGCUGUAAGCACGCUGAAUCUCCAUGGAAAUCACUUGCAUGGGCCAAUUCCAAAGACCCUUGCCCGCUGCUCCAAAUUAGAGGUAUUGGACCUAGGAAAAAAUCAGAUUAGUGGUGGCUUCCCAUGCUUUUUGGAAAACAUAUCCACACUCCGUGUCCUAGUUUUGCGAAACAACAAAUUUCAAGGUUCCUUAGGAUGUGGACAAGACAAUAAGCCUUGGAAAAUGGUUCAAAUUGUGGAUAUUGCUUUUAACAACUUUAGUGGCAAGCUGAAUGGAAAAUAUUUCACAAAUUGGGAAACAAUGAUGCAUGAUGAAGGUCGACCUGUAUCAGACUUUAUCCACACGAAACUUACACCAGCCGUAUAUUAUCAGGAUAGCGUGACAGUUAUCAACAAAGGUCAACAGAUGGAGUAUGUUAAAAUUCUGACAGUCUUCACAUCCAUUGAUUUCUCAUCUAACCAUUUUGAAGGACCAAUACCAGAGGAGCUUAUGGAUUUUAAAGCACUCCUUGCUCUCAACCUUUCAAACAAUGCUCUCUCUGGUGAGAUCCCGUCAUCCAUAGGGAACCUGAAACAACUGGAGUCCUUGGACCUCUCACAGAACUCAUUGCAUGGAGAAAUUCCUGUGGAGCUUGCAAGUCUGACAUUUCUUUCUUAUCUGAAUCUCUCCUUCAAUCAUCUGGUGGGGAAGAUUCCAACAGGUACCCAGCUUCAAUCAUUUCAAGCUUCUUCCUUUGAAGGUAAUGAUGGACUACAUGGACUUCCAUUGGCUGAAAAACAAGAUGGUAAAAAGCAAGGGUUGCUGCAACAGCCAGCAUGUAAAAGGCUAGCUUGUACAGUUGAUUGGAACUUUUUAAGUGCAGAGUUGGGAUUUUCUUCUGGCAUCGGAAUUGUCAUUGUCCCCCUCUUGUUUUGGAAGAAAUGGAGGAUAUUGUAUUGGAAACUUAUGGACCAAAUUCUUUGUUGGAUCUUCCCUCGACUGUAUAUUGACUAUGUAACCCAGAGAGGACACACGCACACUGUUUUAAGGUGGUGGUGGCGCUAGUGUUCAGUGAGGGUGCUGAUAAGUUGUGAUGUGAUCUGAAAUCAUUUCGUAACUCUAUUUGAGUGGUGAUAUGAUAUGUACUAGAGCUUUGAAGAGACAUUUUUCAUGGUCUAAACAAAAAAAUGUCAUAACUCUAUAUGAGUGGUGAUAUGAUAUGAUGAUAUCUUCACAAGGACAGGUAAAGCAUGCAAUCAAAAUAUGUUGAAAAAAGCUAAAUUGUAAGAUUAAGUGAUAUGCAUGCACAAAGUAAAUUAUUGUGGGAUAAAGUAAAUUGUAAUAACGUGUGUUCAACUUCAAACAGUUAUUGGUUAAAACAUUUCUGGGAAUAUCCACAUUUGUUGAGGUAAUUAAUCUGAUUAAGACCUUGUUUUCUUC